AUGGGUCGUUGGGGUGGGAUGCACAUGGGUGGUGAAAGGUGUAUCUUCCCGUCCCUCCGCUCCCCCCCCCCCCCUCCCUCCUCCCCGGAUGUCCCAACCGUCCACAACCCCCUCCUCCCUCCCCCCUCCUCCCUUCCCCCCCCCCACCAGGUGCUACCACCGGACAUGAUGCUGCUGGCGGACCCCAACCCGCCGGACAUUGUGGAGGCCAUCACGCAGGCCAUUCAGAUCGUGCCACGUGUCAACCCCCAGGCCAUGCACGAACGGGUGCCGGCUCCCACGCCGUGCCAUGGGCUUUGUGCACCCGUUCUGCCUGCCGCACUCUGUGCUGCGCCUCUCUGCCGCACUCAUGCCCCCCUCCCCGCUGUCCCCCACCCCGCUGCCCUCCACCACGCGCAUCUCCUGGUUGCACCGCAUCACUACUACCCGCGCGUGGGGACGGGGGGCGGGCAGGUGUCGCGCAUGUACAGCUGGCACGACAUGGUGGAGCGCACGGAGCGCGUGUACGACCGCGUCAUGGCCAUGCCACUCGAUGACCUGCCCACCCGCCUCUCCAGGUGCGCCCACCCGCCUCUCCAGGUGCGCCCACCCGCCUCUCCAGGUGCGCCCACCCGCCUCUCCAGGUGCGCCCACCCGCCUCUCCAGGUGCGCCCACCCGCCUCUCCAGGUGCGCCCACCCGCCUCUCCAGGUGCGCCCAUGGCACCGCCGCUCCCUCCUCCGCCCUCACGCCUCUCGCUGGCUUGCUGUCACUCGAGAGCGCUCCUCAGCCUCUGCCUGAGCUGUGCCUCGCACGUCGAGUUCCCAUCUCACACUCGCUGCACUCCCCGAUCCGCCUCACUGGAUUCCGCAUGACUGAACGUGAUUUCCAUGCUGCCCUCACAUCGUGCUGCCCCUCACAUCGUGCUGCCGUGCCAUGCUGCGCGCACGCACGGCAGGUACUACGCGUGUGGGGUGGUGGCGGGCAAGGUGUUCUGCCUCGUCAUGCUGCUCAACUCGCUGCUCGCUGCCAUCCUCGCCCUCCUGCAGUGCUUACGCCCAUCAUCCCCUUGUAUGCCAUGCGCCCACCACACACCACGGCAUGGCGGAGGGCAGGGGGAGCAGCACAUGGAGGUGGCGCCCGACUUCCCCCGCAUGCCCACCGCACACCUGCCACCGCCGCCACCACCCUCCUCGCGUGCGCACCCAGCAUGAUCCGCGUGCCACGCCUCCACGCGGCUGCUGGGGACGCUAGCCACUUGGUUUCUUGGGCGCUGCUUCGCCAACCUGGCUGCUCCACGCUCUCAACUCGAACAUGCCUGGGCGUGGAUGGGGGGUGGGUGGCCGCUCCAUAUCCCCUCAAGUGCCUGCGCUGCGAGAAAGACACCCAAGCAACAGCCUUGAGUCAUGCCUCUGGAAGACCCAAGCAACCUUGUGCUCACAUGGGCUGCCGUGCUGGCGUGCAUUGCAUUGGAGAGGGACAGUGCACGAGUGCGCUGAUAGCCUUGCCGUCCGUCUUUCCUCUUCCGCGCAGCAUCUUCUGCGGCGACUGCGGGGGCGCGGCGUCGGCGUCGGCGGCGGAGACAUCGAAGCCGAAGGCGUUGGAGCACGAGAGGCGCUCCCAGCAGCUCAGGUACACCGGCACGCCCGCGUCGUCGCUCACCCAGCUGCCGUACGUCUCCGCGGCGGGCGACCACUUGAUGCACUUGGACUGCUCUCGCCCCGCGCCCAUCCACCCCACGUACUCGUCGUACGCUGCCUCGUUAUAG